UAGUAUAGCACAAGAUGGGAAUGAGUGCGUGCGCGUGUGAGAAAGGAUGCGUGUUUGAGUGAACUCGUGCAGCGGUUAUAACGACACCGCAACAAGCCUACCGUGCAUAGCCUAAGUGACAUUUCGAGACCGGCGCGUAACGUGAACAUUGUACAGUACAAGAUAUCAAGCGGGAAAAGAAAUCGUAUUCAACGAUGCCGUCAGAUGAAGACAGUGACCGCCUGACUAUGAUGGAACUGUGUAAGAGUAAAGAAUGGUUGUUACAAGAGUUGCGUUCGGACCCUGGAAGACUUGUGAUUUUGGAUUGUCGAAGUUCAAACGAAUAUGGUGAAUCUCAUAUUCGCAAUGCUGUUAAUUUCAGUAUUCCAAGCAUUAUGCUACGGCGGUUAGCUGCUGGCAAAAUAGAUUUGAUGUCAACUAUAAGGUGUCGUGAACUGAAAGCUAAAAUUUCGAACGCUUACAAAGAGAGUGUAUUUGUUGUGUACGGUGAUUUUGUUGUGACGGAAACUCAACGAAGUCAGCAGCCAAGCUUCACUGCCAGCGAUACUCUCCAUGUCCUGGCCAAGCGCCUAGCCCAAGAUGGCUGCCAGGUCGUGUGUUUGGAGGGGGGCUUCUCCUCGUUCCGGACCUGCUAUCCGGAGUGGUGCGAAAGCUGCUCUGAGCUGCUCGUGGCUGGUCCCGGCGCAGGCUCAGAGAGCAUGGCCGUUCCGUUGAUGGGGCUGCGCAGCUUGCGAAUAUCGGCCACGUCUCAUCACUCCAAGCGGCACGUGUGCGGCGGCGGCGGAGGCGGGUCCUCGACUGCCGUGAGCAGCAGCAGCGGCGGCAGCAGCAGCGCGUCGGCCUCCGGGGACUCGAGCGAGGACUGCGACGACCGCUGCGAUUCGUCCCUGGGGCUGGACGACGACCGCGACUUCCCGGUGGAGAUUCUGCCGCACCUCUUCCUGGGCAACGCGGCCAACUCGGAGGACCUGGAGGCGCUCUCCAGGCACAGCAUACAGUAUAUUUUGAAUGUUACACCUGAUUUGCCAAAUGUGUUCGAGAAAACGGGAUCCAUCAAAUACAUGCAGAUACCGAUUGCCGACCACUGGAGCCAAAACCUUGCCUCAUUUUUUCCAAAGGCAAUUGAAUUCAUUGAUGAGGCACGCAGCAACGAGAAAGGUGUCUUGGUCCACUGCUUAGCUGGUGUUUCCCGCUCUGUUACCAUCACUGUUGCCUACCUCAUGUACAAGCUUUCUCUGAGCUUGAACGAUGCCUUCAAUCUGGUUCGUCAACGCAAGUCAAACAUAGCUCCAAACUUCCACUUCAUGGAGCAGCUGCACAGCUUUGAACAAGAGCUGGCAGAAUCUUCUAGACGAAGUGGGGAAGGAGGCACACCAACAGUUUCCAUUGAAGGGGGCUUGGAAGGAUCUGAACCCUCUGAUAUUUCAGGAGGUCCAUCUCGCCUUCCUCGCGGCACAUCUGUUCCCUCCUCUGGGCCAGGAGGAGACAGUAGUACACGCGAGAAUAAACCUCCAUGCCCACCUGACUGCAAAUGUGCUGCUCACUUCUUGAGCCCACUCAACAUGGGCACAAGCCCUGAUAGUGGGAUUGAAUUUGACCGUUGGACGUCAGCUCCGGGUGAGUGAGAGCACGAGGGGAAGACACCGUGGCAGUUUUAAAUGAAAACCGUUUAUAGUCUUAUGCAGAAGUCAUCUCUCAUGAGAGAGAAUUGUGUCUCUUUGCAUUUGAUUAAGAAGGUUUUCUGAAAAACCUGGCUAUGUGUCCUUCCCCAUUAAUAUGGAAACUGUUUGAAAGUAUCAUCUUUAUUGUGUGCAAACUACACAUUUCUAUUUGCUCACAGUUGUUGUUAAGAUACACAGUGAUGCUCAUUGCACUUGGAUGGUGAUUGUGGGAAAAGAAUGUGUCAACACACAUUUUUGUAUUUGUCGCAUGAACAUCACUUCCAAUCAGGGUUUUGAAGAGGCAAAAGUUGCAUUGAAUGAUUCUUGAAAGGAGUAACUCAAAGCAGUCCCUAUUUAUUGAAACAAGGCUGCCAACUUUGGUGCAGCAUCUUUAUGUGUUUAAACUAAAAGUUGUUUCUGUUCUCUACCUCUGAAAAGUAUAUUUCUCUUUGCAUAUAAUAAUAUACAUUGGUAAUUAGAUCAUAAUAAAUUAUGAUCAUCUGAGCCAAAAAAGAAUGUUUUCAUUGAUUUCAAUCCACGUUUUCUUAAUAUUGGUAUAAAAAUAGGCUGGUAAAAUUUAUUAACUGGAGUUGCAACAAAUUUUCAGAAGUUUAUGAAGAAGAAUGUUUAUUUUUUCUGGGAGAAACUGCUUUUAACACAAAUGACAAGAAUGUGUUUAUCCUUUGAAAAGCCAACCCUAGAACAAUCAUAGAGAAAUAUUCGCGAUAUCAUCUUUCAAACAUACAGUAAAUUCUUUUAAUGUCCACAAUGACCAAAAAGCAAGAAUGCCUCUCUAUCUUUUUCAAGAACAUUUAACAACCUUGCUCUUGAUUCACUUUAUUGUCAUGUGUAUGUAAAUUUAAUAUACAAAUGUAUGACCUUACAUGAUUGUCACUUAUAUCAUGUAAGAAUUUUACUUCUGAAGUUGUUUUCAAUUCAAGACAUUUCUUAUGGCAGUCUGCUGGGAAUAUUGAGAAAUCUUAAGACUAGUAAAAAGUUUAAUUCAUUACAGAGGAGGAAAAUAUUUACGUAACAUGUUUGCUUUGUUGUACUCUUAUUUUUGUAAUGUAAAAAAUGAAGUGCAAUUUGUUAGAUGAGAUCUAAUUCUGUUUUCAAAAUUGAAGAACCCCAAAUGUUAUUCAAGAUUCAAUUUAGGCAUUGCUUCAUUGGAUUGAAGCUGUGAAAUUCACUCUCAUUCCCUCACGAUGUAUCAUUUUGUUGUUAUUGUUGUUGUUUUACAUGCAGGGCUGCUUUAUAAACAAUAUUAAAUUCCAUUAUUUUGUCACUGAGUGAUAAUACAAUGAUUUGAAGAAAAAUAUCACUCCUAGGAGUUAUUAAUCUAAAUCCUUUCUUAUUAUAAUUUAAAAUAUUAUUUGAAUAUUGUUAUCAAUUUCAAAGAAACAGAAAUGUUUCUGUUAAAAUUUGUAUUUUCAAUUUUAUCUACAAAAUCUUUGCAGACUCCACAAAAAUGUCAUGUUCUGGGCUUUCAGAUAAAAACUAUCACCACUUUGUGCCACUUGUCUGCCCUGUGCAAGACAUCUGUUGUACAUAACAAGCUCUUUUUCCCCUGAACCAGUUGGCAUAGUUGUUCGCAUUAAUAACUUUUCAAGUACGAGAUGAAAAAUAUAUGUGUAAUCCUUGCAAUUGCAAGUUAUCCAAGCAAUUGAAUUUUAGAAUCCCUAAUGAAAAAUGUAUUUACUAUUAAAUUGAUGUCUUUUGUGUCUUAUUAUUAAAUGUUUUUUGGUAUUUUGAAAAUACUCCUGAUCCCAUGGAAACCUUCACAGUUUUGUGAAAACCGUCCGACCUUUAUCAAUGCAAUGCUACUCAUUACUUUCAUGUGAAUAAAUAAUAGCUGAAGCAUAUCAAUAUUUAUGUGUGUCAAGUUUCUAUUCAGAAAUACAAUGUAUCAAGAAUGUUAAUUACAUAAUAAGUUACCGAAAAAAAAUGCAAAAUGUUCCCUUAAAACGUAAUAUUACAUGUGAUUAAACCACCAUUUACUUGCACAGAUGUUUUUCAUUCAAUUUUCCGCAUUUUUGUGGAAAUAGAUGCAUGAUUUAAAAACAUUCAGAUAUUUGACUAAUAAAUUAAAAGUUUUCUAAACUGUCUGUGAGCAAUAUAUUACUAUUAGCAUUAUUAAUCAUAAUACACCCACAGUUUUUGGUCUGUGUGUUCUGACAGUUGAGACAAACUUCAAACUAAAAGUAAUGGGUAGUUUAUUACCUGCAAUACAGUACUGUCAAUGUGUGUUGUUUUGUGUAUCAAUAAUGAAUGAAAAUUGUUUAUAUUUACAAUGCUUGAAUUUAAAUGUAUGUUUCAUGUACAUUAAUCGUAAUUGUCAAUCAUGUUGUACCACCCAAACAUUUGCUGCUGCAUUAUUGUACAUUAUGUCGUAUUGUUAAUUUAAUAACUGAUGUUGACUAAUCUAUUGAUUACUGUUAUAUAAAUGUGCCAUAUGGAAGAAAAGUAUUCAUAUUAAUAUAAUUGUAGUUUUAUCUGUAGUUGAAAUAUUGAACAUUCUCAGUGUUUACCAUGUACAGAGAUUGUGUGACAUUUAAAUUUCCUUUACUUCUAAUGAAGAAUCAUAAAAGACUGUUGCAUAUGCUGUCAUGACUGUUUAUAAAUUAAAUAACAAUAGUUAUCAUGACUGUGUUUAAUAUAAUUAAUGUUAAUUAUUAAAGAGUUACAUCCAGCUGGUUGUUACUAUGAGAUCAAAACUAUGUGAACCUUUUCUUGUUUUAUAAAUGUUUUCCAACAGAUGUUUAUGUUUUAUGGCAGAACCUCAUAUUUGUACUUAUUACAAUUUACUAUAUCAUUGUUCACUGUUAAAACAAAUCCAAAGAUACUUUUUAUUAUAUAAAAUUGUUGUUCUUGUUACAGAAAAUAGGAAUAAGUCAGUUUCACCUUAGAGAUUGCAAUCAAUUCUGACUUUAUGUUACAAAAGUUGUUGUAAAAUUGAUAUGUUUCCAACCAGGACAAUGUAGUUGCAAUGCAAAUUUUUUCUUUCUUAACUUUCCAUACUUCUUGGUAGAAUAUUUUUGAAUAUUACUUCAAAACCAUUAAUGCUUCUCUUAAUUUGUUUUGUCUUAAUCAUAAAGGAAAAUGAAAUAAAUUGUAUAUAAUUAUUUCAAAAUAGUGCACUGAAUUUUAAGUUUGAUGCUUAAUAUUUGAUGUUUGUCUAGAGCCCAAAUCAGAUGAUCUAGUGAUCAGUAUGCACAAAUUCCUCUGGCCAGAGCUUUCAAUUUAAUGAACAAUUAUCUUCUGAAUGGUGCUAUUCAAUAUAUUUUUUAUCUUGUUCUAAUUUUUUCUCUUCUUGCUAUUAAUGGUAUUUCUAGUGCACUUUCAAUUUGCUAACCACUGUUCUGUCUGUAUUUUCGUUUACAUUAAAGUACCCUAUUUUUAAAAUUUACUUAUGCUUUGCAGCUUAAAUUAGUGAUGUGAAACAAGUUCACCAUAAAAAAUUGGGAAAUAUAUUGGCAUUAAUAUAUUUCAGGUGCUCUAUUUGAGGGGGGGGGGAAUUAUGAAUUACAUUUUUAUUGAAAAAAUUGAAUGAUAAUGUGACUUACGCUAGGACCACGGCAUAAAUGUUGCUUUUGUAGAGCACAUCAGCCAAGUAUAUUGGUAAACGUCUACAAAUAAAAUAGAAUUCCCCACCGCUUCCUCGGUAAUAUAGAACAAAUUGCUAUUCUGGAAACUUAAUUCUUGACAGUCCUUUCAGGUUAUGUAUAAUUACCUAACAUAUUUAUGUUACUGAAAGGUCUAAGACCAUUGAGUUGGUUUAUAUACGGUGUUAUGCUUUGUAUAUUCCUUAAGUUAAUUUUAUUCUAUAAAAUAGUAAUGUUUUUAAGGAAUAAUUAUGGAUAUUAAUUUUUAGGAGGCAUGUUUGGGUAUGUUAAUGCUCAGCAAUAAUGAAUACCAUGUACCCCUGCUCAUCGAAAUUAAUAAUAGUAAUAUUGACCAAAUAUUACAUUCUUGUGAAGAGAAUAUUGUAUUACACAUCCAUUUUUUUUACAUAAACACUAUUUCAAUUACUACUGCAACAAGAAAAGGUGUCGGUUUCCAGGAACUAAUUUAAUUCUGUGGCAAAGCAUAAGUAUUUAAAUCCAACAAACUUCCAAGAGAUUCCAUUUCAGUUAUUCUAAGUAAAGUAGAAAUGGUAUAAAAUUAAAUGUAGGUAGUGCCAAAUGUUGAAGUCUUCUUAGGAAUUAAUAGUUUUGUAUUCUGUACUGAACUCCCUAAUUUUAUUCCCUUUCUGUGAUCUAUUUAAAAAAAAAAAGUUUUACUAUUAAUUUCCUUAUAAAAUCAGUACAAAUUUACUGCCCAGUUUUAGUACAGUUAUAAUUAUAUCUUCAUAUGUUAACAUAAAAAAUAAACUAAACAUUGUUAAAUUAGACAAUCUGAACUGAACACAGUUUUGAUUUUAUAUUCAGUUGUUCAGCUACACAGCAAUAUAUUAUCAGAUCUAUUAUUGAUGUGCUGGGAAUAAUUCUCAGGAAUGUUUGUAUGGCUGAGAUCUUGCACUGAUGUUAUCAAUCUCAAGACAAUUCUGAUAGAGAAUGUAUGUUUUAAUUGAAAUGAUAUUAAUGACUAUCUGAAAUCAAAUUUGCACACAUAUAUGCAGAUCUUACUUCGUUUUCACUGAAAUUGUAUAUACACAUACAAAUUGGUUGAAAUAUUAACUUGCAAUAACUGCAUUUAUGGCUUGAGUCCUGAGGUACCUAAUCCCACCAAAAACUUCUGUCUUCCUGAAAUAAAUCUUUAAAAACACUUGUUUAAAGAAACAAAUAGCUUAAAAAUAUUUGUCUAUGAAAUAUUUUGAAAAUGUAGAAACACCCAUGCAUGUUGAGCAGUUACUGAUGCAAAUUUUCAAUCUUUUUUUCUUUCAUUUUGUCCUGAUUCACUUUUAUUUCUCAUGUUUUGAAGUAUUUCUUGAAAAUGAGUACAUACAUUAUGUUGAUUGUCUGUCCAAGACAAUGACAAGAAAAUGAUCUCUUUUUUUUUUACCUCUCUUUCACAUUCCUGUGUUCCAAACUCCAUUAUACCAAUCAGCUUCAUUUCAAAGUGUUACUUUCAUAUCUUCAAUUAUUAUUUAUUUCUCUAUAUGCCAUUCAUAUUUGUGUGCAGCACAAGUUGACGUAGUACAAUUAAUCUGUUCACGUGCACGUUUAUGAAAAUUGUUGUUCUGUAUAUAAGUAAAUGUAUAUAGAACAUAAAAUAAAUUUCAGAAGAAAACUUGGUAUUACAACUAAAUGAUAUUAAAAUAUAUGAAAGCUUGGAUGUCAAAAUAUAUUUAGGAUAUAUGCACCUUUUAUUUCAAGACUUAAUAUCUCAUGUAGUGCUAGGCACUAGAGGUAGCCAAAGUGGAAGCAACAAUGUGACAAUUAAUUUGGAAUUUUGCACAAUAAUGAUGUACAAGUAUUCCGUUUAAAAAUUAUAUCCUUGUUUUAAUUUGUGAAAAUAGUAUUUUAGAUUGAUUUUUUAUAAAUAUAUAAUAUAAUCAGAUGUGUCAUAUAUUGAUAUAUCUGUCAUUUGGAUGUUGUGUAUGCUCUGAGAAGUGAAUUUUAUUUUCCUAAUGAAUGUCCAAAAUAAAUAAUUCUUGUCGUAUAAUAACAUGGUGAUAUCACUUCUUAGAGACAUUCAUUUCUUAAAUUUUGAAUGUAUAUUAAGAUUUUGACUAAGGGGAGGAACAGGAUAACCCUUAAGAAAUUUAAUUUUUUUCAUAACUUCUCUGUGUCAAAUUUGUGAUAAGCUAAUUCAUUAAUUACAGUCUGUAUAAACUAAUGUGUUGCCAGUAAUGUAAGAUUAUAUUAAUAUUUGGCCGCAAAUGGCUCAGAAAAAUUAAGUUCCAUGUUCAUUUCAGUGGAAAGAAAUUGUGUUAUCUGAGUUUUGCCAUAUUUCUGAAACAUAUUUUUGAAAUAGGUUUUGUAUAUAUAGUGAUGUUUUAGAUUUUUUCAUGCAUAACAUUUGUAUCUUCCAUCUGCUAUUCCAUGUUUAUAUGAAACUGAAACUUAUGACAACAUUCCUUAUCCAUAUUUUAUGUGCAGAAAAGGUUCCUUCCUUGUUUCCAAUAUUAAUGUUCUCAGUGAUGUGUAGCCUUAAUGUUCAUUUUGCUAUAGUUUCAUUUACAAAUAUUAAGUACGAGAGAAAAAUUUGAAAUUGUAUUUAAAUUUCUUCCACUUGUGAUGUCAUAAAAUGAAUCCUGUUGGGUGCUUGUAUGAAUGUCUUUUAAAUGAUUUAUGUGGAAAUUAAGUUUUGAACAAAUUUAUUAUUUUGUAUUGAGUAAACAAUGUACAUACUUGAAUGACUAUAAAAGUAACAGCCAUUAAAGGCCUAUCAAAU